UAGUUCCUGCUAAAAACAUUGCUCGACGAAGCAAGAGGUGUCGAGUUAAAAAUUUAACAUGUGUUUAAUGUUCUAGUUUGUCUUAACGUGCCUGUCGUUUGAAAAUGAAAUCAACAACCCUAGUAGGUCACGUUUCAAUAUCUAUCAAUAGUACUUGGAAAAUGUUACCAAAACUUGCAUACAUGUGUUUUAGCUAGCUAACCAGAUUAUCACUCAAAUAGAUAACAAGCUAAUGUUGUUAGCCACGGUCCGUCCCACUUGCAGCACAACGGUAUCCUAUGCUUUACACUGUUUCAAAAUGACCUCGCCUUAUUUCGUUGAGAGUACCGCGGUCAUCACUCGGAGCGGUAACAAGACCGUGCCCCGUGCCGGUUUAGCCACGACGUUAAAAACUAGGAUGGAGAGGAGAGUGUUGAGGGCGCACGUGAAACAGGAGGAAGAAGAUUCGAGCGUAUCAAAUCAGAGUUUGGGACGAGACGCUUCAGAUAUUGGCUCCUCUAGGUUCCGUCGCUCAUCCAUCGGCCAAUCACAAGCUGAGCCAGACAAAGCCCUGUGUCUGUUACCACUGGCACCCAUCCUGCGUAGGAGGCGGGGCCAGGUGAAGGUGGAAUACGAUGGGAAGGAGGAGCCUAAACACUGGGAGCCUCCUGAUUGGAGCAAGCAGCUGGGUCAUGUGCGUCAGAUGAGGAGCACCAGGGAUGCGCCUGUUGACCUCAUGGGGGCGGAGAAAUGCUACGACACACACGCCCCUGAUGAGGUGCGACGUUACCAGGUGCUGGUGUCUCUGAUGUUGUCAAGCCAGACAAGGGACCAGGUGACCAGUGCGGCUCUGCAGAGACUCAGGGCUCAUGGCUGUACAGUGGACAACAUAGUCAACACUGACGAUGACACACUGGGACAACUCAUCUACCCUGUCGGCUUCUGGAAGACCAAGGUGAAGUACCUGAAGCAGACGUCAGUGAUGCUCCAGAGGGAGUUUAGAGGGGACAUCCCUAACACAGUGGAGGGCCUGGUACGACUACCUGGAGUAGGACCCAAGAUGGCUCACCUGGCCAUGGACAUCGCCUGGCACCAGGUCUCUGGCAUAGGUAGCCUUCCACAAGCUUCCCACAAUAAGCUGGGUGAAUUUUGGCCCAUUCCUGCUGACAGAGCUGGUGUAACUGAGUCAGGCGUGGACACACACGUCCACCGUAUCUCCAACCGGCUGGGAUGGACGAGAGGUGGGACCAAGAACCCAGAGGAGACACGCAAGGCCCUGGAAGACUGGUUACCAAGGGAUCUAUGGAGUGAGAUCAACUGGUUGCUGGUGGGGUUUGGUCAACAGGUGUGUCUACCUGUCAAUCCUCUCUGCUCCGUGUGUCUGAACCAGCACAGCUGCCCCUCCGCCCACCAAGCCUCCCCAGCCAAGAGGCCUAAAGCUGGGUCACCUCGCUCACCACACUCCCCCAAGAUCUCCAGGGUCAAGCUGGAGCCUGGUUCGCUUGGUUUGGGGUUACCACCCCCUUCAGCCACACCGGUCAGAGGAACCUCUGGCUACCACCCUCUCCCCCCCAGAAAGAGGAAGUCGAAAGCCAAAACCUUCUCUACAUGAUACGACAGAAGAGGGUAGCAUCCCUUCAGAAAUGUCAGGACCGUGUCCCAAUUUUCUCUCCUUCCUCCCAAAGUGUGCUCUUGUCACUUCCCCUGACUGAUGUGAAAUGACCAGUACUAGAAAUAUGGUGGUAACGCCUACGAGCCCAGUGGUAUUAACUGCUUUAGCGGGGACACCAUUUUUGGACCGAAUCUCUGUGGACUCAUUUCUCACAACACCCCAACUAAACCUUCAAAUCUUUACAUUUAGAUUUUUACUUCAACUAAUAAAUAAAUUCUCAAUAAAAUAAUUUUUCAAA